AUCAGGAUGGUCUGGCUGGGAUCAGGAUGGUCUGGCUGGGAUCGGGAUGGUCUCUCUGGGAUCGGGAUGGUCUGGCUGGGAUCGGGAUGGUCUCUCUGGGAUCGGGAUGGUCUGGCUGGGAUCGGGAUGGUCUGACUGGGAUCGGGAUGGUCUGGCUGGGAUUGGGAUGGGCUCGCUGGGAUCGGGAUCACCUCCCUGGGAUCGGGAUUGUCUGGCUGGGAUCAGGAUUGUCUUGAUGGGAUCAGGAUGGUCUGGCUGGGAUCAGGAUGGCCUCACUGGGAUAGGGAUUGUCUCGUUGGGGUCAGGACGGGCUCCCUGGGAUCAGGAUCAGGUCCCUGGGAUCGGGAUGGUCUGGCUGGGAUCGGAAUUGUCUGGCUGGGAUUGGGAUGGCCUCACCGGGAUGAGGAUGGACUUACUGGGAUCGGGAUGGGCUCGCCAGGAUUGGGAUCAACUUGCUGGGAUCAGGAUCACCUCCCUGGGAUCGGGAUUCUCUGACUGGGAUCAGGAUGGUCUCUCUGGGAUCAGGAUUGUCUGGCUGGGAUUGGGAUGGGCUCACCAGGAUCGGGAUCCCCUCCCUGGGAUCAGGAUGGGCUCACUGGGAUCAGGAUGGGCUCACUGGGAUCGGGAUGGUCUCCCUGGGAUCAGGAUCACUUCCCUGGGAUCAGGAUUGUUCCCUCCAUGCCGGGAUUUGAGCGCGGUUUCAUUUUGGAGGUCCCCACCCUUCCCCCCCCCCCCCCCCCCCCCCCCCCCCGGCGGGAUAGGGAGGGCAAUUCCCACUUGGAAGAGCUUCCAAACACCUGGAAAAGCCUCUGGAUCCAGCAAGGAUCCGGCUUCCCACCCCCCCCUCCUCCCUCUCCAGCCGUAUCCAUGGGGAUGGAUCCCGGGGCUGGCAGAUGCUUCCAGGCUUUUAUCCCACGGGAGAGGGCUGGGAAAGCCUGGAAUGCCUCCAGAUCCCCGGGAAAAGGAGGAUUUGGGGAGGGAGGGGAACGCCAGGAGCCAGGGAUCAUCUCCAGGGACGGCAUUCCCACAUUUUUAUCCCCGUUCCCGCUCCCCUGGCAGCCCCAGGGGGGGUUGUUUGUGUGAUUCCCUCCGGCAAAUCCCGGCAGGAAAAGAGGGAGAGGCUGGAAUUCCUGGGGCCUGGAAUGUCCCUUCCCUGGCAUCGGAGGGUCCCUGUUGGAAAGCGGGGGGGGGGGGCAUUUUUCCCCCUUAGAAUGCAAAGCUGGGGAUAAUCCCCCAAAAAAACCGGCUCAGCUCCGGCUCUGGCGCAGCCGGGAAGGGCGUUCCCGGCAGGAAACCCUUUGGAUGCCACUGGCGCUCCCAGAAAACCCCGGGAACGGGGAAGAGCCCGGAUUAUCCCGGUUUUCCUGAUCCCUCAUUCCCAGGGGGGUGGGGGCGGGGCCUGGGGAUGAUCCCCCCGGAGCCGCGGCCACGGAGACCCCCGGGAAGGGUCCCGGUGGGAUUUGGGGGAUCCCGGUGUGUCGGUGCUUCCAGAGGGGUUUGGAAAGGGGAGGGGUGAGGAUUGGGAAACUUGGGAUAUGGGAGGAGCAGCAAUGGGGUGUCCAUCCCAUCCCAUCCAUCCCAUCAGUGUGUGCCCAUCCCAAUC